GUGAAGCAGUCGACCAGUUGGCAUGCCAUCAUGCUGUUGUUUACGACUGGAAGCUAACACUAGCUCGAAGCUAGUCAGUGAAGGCUACCCAGCACGUUCAAUGUUCACCUAUGUCGGAUUUAUACAACUGGCGGUGGCUAAAAAGAUUUAUGACUUUUCCAAAUCAGCAGCAGGCGUGAGGCACAAGUGGAGUUGGGCUGCAGCGCUGGCCAUGGGGAAUUCGGGUUCUAGCAGCCAAAGCACGGGCAUGCGCAUCCCACCGGGCAGCGGACCCCAUCAGGUGGGAUGCACGGAUCUCAUGGUGGGCCACACGAUACAGGGGACUUUCCUUAGGCUCUACUACCCAUGCAACUCAGCAGAGGGGUUGGAGGGGCCAGACUGGAUACCCAGUAAGGAGUAUUUCAAUGGACUGGCCGACUUCAUGAAGAUCAACCGCACACUCAGCGAACGCAUUUUUGACUACCUCUUCGGGCAUUGUAAAAUCCCUGCUGUGUGGAACGCUUCCUUUAAGCAAGGUGCUAAGUAUCCGGUUGUUAUCUUUUCACAUGGACUGGGUGCUUUCAGGACUUUGUACUCAGCCAUUUGUUGUGAACUAGCCUCCCAAGGCUUCAUCGUGGCUGCCGUGGAGCACAGGGACGAGUCUUCGUCUGCCACCUAUUACUUCACGGAGAAGAGUGAGGAAGAACAGCAGAAAGAGCCGGCGUCGUGUAAGGCCCCCAGUCUUAUACCCCCCCACCUCCAGCAGCAGUGGAUGUACUACCGGGCCCUCAAGCCUGGGGAGAGUGAGUUCCCACUCAGGAACAAACAGGUAAAGCAGAGGGCAGAUGAGUGUGUUCGGGCGUUGGACCUCCUGGUAGAAAUCAACUCUGGAACCUGUGUGGAAAAUGUCCUACGCACACAGUUCGACUUCACAACACUAGAGAACUCUAUGGACCUGUGUAAAAUUGCCAUUAUGGGCCAUUCAUUUGGAGGAGCCACUGUCAUUGAAGGGUUAUGCAAGGAGGGGAGAUUCAAGUGUGGUGUUGCAUUGGACACAUGGAUGGCCCCCAUAGACGAGGAGAUCUUCCCUCGAGUGAAGCAGCCCAUCUUCUUCAUCAACUCAGAGAAGUUCCAGUGGGGAGGCAACAUAGCGCGCAUUAGGAAGCUUGAUUCUGCAUACAUUCCACGCAAAAUGAUUACCAUCAGGGGCACUGUGCACCAGAGUUUCCCAGACUUCACUUUCCUGACGGGCAACUGGCUGGGCAAGCUGCUGAAGCUGAAGGGGGAGAUCAACCCCUACAUAGCUAUGGACCUGAUCAACAGAGCCUCUCUGGCCUUCUUGCAGAGACACCUGUCACUUGACCGAGACUUUAACCAGUGGGAUCCUCUGAUUGACGGGAAGGACGAGAACUUGAUCCAGGGCACUAAUGUUCGGGAACUGCAGUCGUCUAUAUGAACUUCUGUUCUCCAAAGGGGGAGAACCUUUUUUGUACCAAGUAUUUUUUUAAUCCCAGUGGAACUGGCACUGGAAACAUAAUGUAAGGCCAGUAGCAUCCACUCUGCAUCAGUGGAACAGGAGCAGGGUCCAGCAGGAGCACGAGUGAUUCUCACAUGGACAUUAUGUGGAAGUGCCCACCUGCAUGGACUGCUUAUGAACUACAUGUGUUUAUCAUUCAGUACCACUAUUUUCGUUUCUACUUUUUUUUUUUUUAAAAUCAUAUUCUACAGAGCCCUUAAAGGAACAGACCACCAUUUCUUGAUUUUCACAUAUUUGCAGUAUUUCCCAGCAUUAUUCAUACAUGUGCAUUUCAUUUUCUUCCAAGUGUUUUCAGUACUUUGAUUUAUUGGAUCAAAAAUUAUUAGCAUUGCUCAGCAUAAUCACUGAAAGUCACUAGUAACUUAAAUAUGAAACCACAAGUGGUCACUGGACGUAAUUCAAUUGCUGUUUAACAAUCUGGUGAAUUUUACAUUAAUUUUAAAGUGGUUUAUGAGUACAUUUGAUGUUUUAUGUUGUACCAUAGACUUGCAUUGCUAUGCUUAAUUUGGCUAUACUGUUAAACAAGGCAAUGCAAACACAUGGAUGAAAAUGAUAUGCACAUUUAUGAAUAAUGCUUGGAAAUACUGCAAAUAUGUGAAAACAAAAAAGGGUGGUGUGUUCCUUAAAAGUGACACGAGAAAAUAAUAAAAUAAAAAGGUCAUCAGUGAGCACUGGAAAUGUAGAGGCUUUGAAAUCUUAAUCUUAUUCAGGGAAGAACAGUUAUGUAUUUGAUGUGUACUUGAUGUAUGUACUGAAUUAGGCUGUUAAGCCACUGCUGGAGAAGUUUUAAAAAAAUCAUGAGCUGGAUUUCAAAUUACCAGCACCACAUUUGUAUGUUAUUAGUUCUGCAGACGGUGAGUGCUUUCCAAUAUGUGACCUUGCGUCCUCCACUUUGUGCUUGUGGCCUCGCCCCGCCUCCUGGCCCAGCCAAAACAAUUUUUGGGGGACUAUUUUUCAUUCACCAUCCAGCUUGCAAAUGAGAAAAUGACUUUACAAUUGAGCUUUUGCGAAAUAUUGAAAUAUAAUGCUGUUGUCAGUGAUGUUCUCAUGACAUAUUACUUCCUGGUACGAGGCCACAAGCACAAAUGGAGGACGCACGAUUGCAUAUUGGAACGCACCCACUCUCUGCAAGAUGGCCAAAACACCCAAAUCUAAUGUCCGGUUGCUCCUCUCAAGGGUUACUGAUUAUUGAGUAAUUUAUUUAUAGCAGAGGGAAUGAAAUGUAAUGUGGUUUGAAGUGGGCUAAGGGUUUCAGCAGUUGAUGGCAAUGGUUACACUGUAUGAUACGAAAAGGGGGGUUAAAGAUAUCGGGCCCUUCUCAAAACCUAGUGCAGUGCACUUCCAUGUGUAUCAGCCUAAUUAGUCACGCCCAGUGAUUGGAUACUCUGGUGAAUUGUACGGAAUAUCCAAUCACUGGGCUUGACUAAUUAGGCUGAUACGCUUGGAAGGACACUGUCCUAGAUUUUGAGACCCUUAGUCUUCAUAAGACAAUACUUGCUUUGAAAGAUUUGUGAUCUAAUAUAGCCAACAAUUGUGCCUUAUGAUUUUUGCUUCACAGACACAUCUUGCCACUCUUACUUUACAAUUACGUUUUUUUCUAUAGCUAACUUGAAAACUGUUAAGCCUAAUCUUUAUAUCAACCCUAAUAUUUUCAGUCAUCAGACUUAUUGGUAUUACAGUUGGAUAAUGAAUAACUCGUUAUGACCCAAACAAUGCCAUCUCAUAAUGAUCACUACUUAAACUCAUUUACUUGUAACCCAAAGAUGCAUUAAUUGUGUUUUCACUGUAUUUGCAAUUGUUCAUUAAAGGUUAGAUGACAUCUGUA